CAUUUUUUUUUUCUUAAAUUAAAAAAAAAACUCUAUAUUCUAUUAUAUCCAUCAAUCAUUCUCACAACAAAUUAAUAUUUAAAAUGAAAACGUGAAAAGGAAGAGAAUUUAUUUGAGUUGGGAUUUGUAGUUUCUUUUCAUAGAUAGAUUUCUUUUACAUUUUUCGUCACUUCCAAUGUUUUGAUUUUUUCCUUUUCCCAAAUUAUUGCAUUCUCCAACCCAAAUUCUGUUACUUUAUCGUAAUUUUUCAACCAAAAAAUAAAGGGAGAUAGGUUCUGAUACAUUUGUGCUUUGGUGAAUUGAUGAGUUAUAAAUGUUCAUGCUAUGGUGUUGAAGAAGAGGCUGGGUAAUGGACUUAGGGGAUUUCAGGUCCCUGAGAUACCUAAAUGUCCAAGAUCUACCAGAACGAGGGUUCCGAUCGAGAAACCGGCUGAGGAUGGUGGCGCGUGUGCUUUUGAACUACUUGCAUCUUUAGCCGGGAAGUUGCUGCAGGAGAGUGAAAGUUCCAAUUCUAGUAAUGUGUCUGAAGGUAGGCUGUUAACCGAAGAGCAAUAUCGAGAUGGAAGUUGUGAUGAAAAGAGCUGUGAGAAACGCGUUGAGAUUAGUGAGAGUGAUUGUUUACUAGAAUGCAUUUCAGCUAGUGAUAAUGUGAAGUCUGAGAUUUUAAAAUUGGAGAAUAAGUUUGGGAAUCAUUCUAAUACUAAUAGACUCGUGGAAUUACCGAACAAUCACGAGGUUGGAAGUUCUGGCUUCGAGCGAUUAUCUGCGGAUGAUAAGUUUAGUUUGAAGGAUCCGUUGGAGUUACGUGUUAACUCUCCUUCAUUAGUCGAUUUGAACAGUAAUGUUGUUAAAUCUCCAUUUCGUGGGGAGUUGUUUCCCAAUGCUUCCUUUUCGAGGCACGGGAAUGAUAAUAAGUUACAUUUUAUUGAUGAUGACGAAAAAUUUAUUAGGUGCAACAAAGUUUGCACCAAACCGAAGGCUUUUAGACCUUCACGGUGCAUUGCUCGCAAAAUAAUCAGGAAGCGGUUGACUUCCAAACACUGGAAGGUUGCUCCAAAGUUGAAGGAUUAUGAACGUUCUAGAUAUGAUAAGGGAAUAAAACCCUCAAGUCGCAAAAGGAAGACUUAUUACAAUUUCGAAAGAUCUCAGUGUUACACUCUUUCAAAGAGGAAGAAAUUAUCAGAGAAGGGUUCAAUGGUAACUCAUUGUGGAGGAUUCAGCAGUGAGAGUGUAUCUGAUUUACCUAAGAAAGGAAUUUGUGGAAAUAACCGAAGCUCUUCUACAAAAGCUCAUGUCUCUAAAGAUUCUCAUGUCAAGUUUAGAAUCAAGUCAUUCAGGAUUCCAGAGCUUUAUGUUGAAGUUCCCGAAACCGCAACUGUGGGUUCAUUAAAGAGGACAGUCAUGGAGGCAGUGAUGACUCUAAUAGGAGGUGGAGUGCAUGUUGGUGUUCUUGCUCAGGGGAAGAAAGUUAGAGAUGACAACAGAACUCUUCGGCAAACUGGUAUAUCUUGUAAAGAAAAUCUAGAUAAACUCGGUUUUGUUUUGGAGCCUAGUUCUUCUCAAGCUUCUCCAGUUGUUUGCGCCGGUGAUACUUCUCACUGUGAAGCGUCUGAGCCAACUAUGUCUCUAAGAACUCCCUCCAUAGAAUCAGGGGUUUCUGUUACCAAGCAAGAUUCUUCCUUGAUUACAAAUACCGGUGACCUUGUUGAAAAUAACCAUGAAUCAGCUUCUUCCCUGGAUGACACUAUGUCUGAUAAACUAACACAAGAUUCUGGAGCGCUAGUUCCUGUUCCAGAUAAUAGCUCAGAGGUAUUAGCUGCCGUUCCCGUGAGUCACAACACCGGACACUCUGAGAUUGUACAGCGUCGAACCAGGAGACCGUUUUCUGUUUCUGAAGUGGAAGCACUUGUUCAUGCAGUUGAAGAAGUUGGAACUGGAAGGUGGCGUGAUGUAAAGUUGCGAUGUUUUGAGAAUGCAGAUCAUAGGACUUAUGUAGACUUAAAGGAUAAAUGGAAAACUUUAGUACACACUGCCAAAAUCUCCCCUCAACAAAGGAGAGGACAGCCAGUUCCUCAGGAGCUGUUGGAUAGGGUUUUGGCUGCUCAUGCCUUUUGGUCUAUCCACCAAACCAAACAUCAUGUCAAGCAUCAAACCAAUGGUGACCAACCACUUGUGAUUAUGUAGAAAAGACAUUUAACGUGAUUGACUUGUAACUGUGGUAAACAAACUUGUACAUUUGUUUCAUAUUCAUGUAAUAUCUUCCUUACCAAAUUCUUUACUGGCCUUCAAUUUAAACAGGUUGGCAUUUGUAAAUUAAAUAAGGAAUAGGGUUGAUGUAAGGUGUAAUAGAAACUUGUUUUCUAUUAUUUUUGUAAUUUUCAUUUAACUUCAUGAAUGUAUGUAGUUUUGUCAAUACCAUGACAACAUUAUGACAAAGGAAAAUAUUCUCCUUA